AUGAACAAGUUCUCCAGCCUGGCUAAAGAUGAAUUGGGGAACUUAAAUCUGGAGAGUUUCAUCAGGGAGUUUCCCCAGAACAGAUACAACUGUUCCUCUCACCAGGGCACAGGAUUGAUCUCAGGAAACUUCUGUUACUCCUCCCCUCUCCCGGAACACCACUACCUGGCCACACCCACCAGCUGGACCUCUGACCGCCCCCCACGACCCAAGAGCCCCUGGGGCUGCCUAGACCCCUACACCUCUGAGGACCAGGACAAGGAGUAUGUAGGCUUUGCUACUCUGCCCAACCAGGUACACAGGAAGUCAGUAAAGAAGGGAUUUGAGUUCACUCUGAUGGUUGUAGGAGAGUCUGGUCUGGGUAAAUCUACACUAGUCAACAGUCUGUUCCUUACAGACCUCUACAAGGACAGGAAGGUGCUGAAUGCAGAGGAGAGGCUGGCUCAGACUGUGGGCAUCACUAAGAACACAGUGUGCAUCGAGGAGAAGGGAGUGAAGCUCAAACUCAACAUAGUGGACACACAAGGUUAUGGAGAUACCAUCAAUAAUACAGACAGCUAUAAGUGUGUUUCAGACUACAUUGACCAUCAGUUUGAGCAGUACCGCAGGGAUGAAAUUGGCCUGAACAGAAAGAACAUCCAGGAUAACAGAGUCCACUGCUGCCUCUACUUCAUCUCUCCCUUCGGACAUGGUCUGCGGCCAUUGGAUGUAGAGUGUAUGAGGGCUCUGCAGGACAAGGUCAACAUCAUCCCUGUUGUGGCCAAAUCUGAUGGUCUCACUUAUGAUGAGGUUAAGAAGAAGAAGAGCAGGAUCCUAAGUGAGAUAGAUAAGUACAGGUUAAAGAUCUACCAGUUCCCAGACUGUGACUCUGAUGAGGACGAGGAGUUCAGGAGGCAGGACAUGGAGCUCAAGAGGAGUGUUCCGUUUGCAGUGAUCGGCAGUAACAUGGUGGUGGAUGUUAAUGGUCGGCGGAUCCGCGCCCGUCUCUACCCCUGGGGAGUGGUGGAAGUGGAGAACCCAUAUCACAGUGACUUUGUCCACUUGAGGAACAUGUUGGUGAGGACUCAUAUGCAGGACCUGAAGGACAUGACCCAUGACACACACUACGAGAGUUACAGAGCACAGUGGCUGUGCAAGAGCCAACGCACUGAUGUGGAUUAUGACUUCUGCCACACAAUCUAAUCCAGGAGGCCUUUAGUGUUAAACAAAAGAUGAUACACUGCUUUCACUAUUGCUGGAAUAAAGUCACAAGCUAAAUGUA